CCCCACUCUUAUUCCCCCCAAAAGCCCACUAACACGCUUGUUUAAUCAGUGUUUGGGGGUAUUAAACUCACUGCCUCUCUGUGACACCUGUCUUGUUUAAGUUUUUUUACAGCUAAAAGUUGGACUAAAGUGGUUGGAGCUAUCCUAGUGAACUGAUGGAGGAUCUGGUUCCUGCCAAGGCAUUCUAUUCGGCUGCAGCUGCUGGCAUGGAGCCGGAUCACAGAGGCCUGAUGGCGAUCGUGCGUGAAGAGCCGCCGCCGUCGGAGGAGCCGAUGGACCUGCUGUCGAGCGCGUGGUGCAGCUCGGCGAUCCAGGUUCUUCAGAUGGGUCCGAAGGAGGAGGAUCGCUCGCUGGCGCUGGUGGAGCACCCUGUCAUGGGGCUUGAUGAUGAUAGGAGAGACCUGUCGCAGCUGCAGAGGAAUGAUCGUAGCUUGGUUGUUGACGACAGCGGCUUCGGUGGCGCGGCGCAGCCGCAAUGGAAAUACGAAGAUCUGAAGUCAUGGAUAUGGCUGCAGAAGGCCAUUCACCCGGAGCUGGACUACGACAACAAGAAGAAAUGGCUCCCGCGCAAGAUGGCGGCGCCAUGGAGCGGCAUCUCGCUCAAGAAGUGGGUCAAGGAGCGGAAGCAGAAGCGCAAGGAGGAGGCGCGGCUGCACAAGGCCGAGGUCCACGCCGCGGUGUCCGUCGCGGGCGUCGCGGCCGUGCUCGCCGCCAUCGCCGCGGAGAACUCCGCGCCGGCGGCGCGCGGCUCGGCGUCGGCGUCGAUGAGGGAGACGGCGGUGGCAUCGGCGGCCGCGCUCGUGGCGGCGCAGUGCGCGAAGGUGGCCGAGGCCGCGGGCGCCACGCGGGACCAGGUCGCCGCGGCCGUCAACGCCGCCGUGGCAGCCACGGACGCCAGCAACGUGAUCACGCUCACCGCCGCCGCCGCCACCUCACUGCGCGGCGCGGCGGCGCUGCGAGGAAGGCGCGGGGGCAGCGGCGGGCAUGGGCAGGGCGAGAGGGCGGACCAGGGUGGCACGGCGCCGUGGCAGGACGACCUGGACUUCGACUUCAACUACGCGAGGUCCAAGGCGGCGCUGGCCAAGGGCGACGAGUUGUUCGUCGCUAUGCCGGACGGGAAGUGGAAGCUGCACACGGUGUCCGCCGCCACGGACAGGAACGGCAAGGUCGUCCUCCGGAUCAAGAAGAUGAACUUGGUCAUGCAGGCCUUCUCCAACGCCAAAGAAUGCGUGGUGGAGGACGUCCGGCCGUGCGCGCCGGAGAAGGCGAGCCGGGAGGAGGACGCGACGUACCCGGUGGAGGUGAGGACGAGCAGGGGCAAGGUGGAGCUCCGCGCCGACGACUACGCCGUGUACAAGAGGUGGGUCACCACCGUGACGCACAUGCUCACCUCCUCCACCGCCAUCACCAUGCGCAAUUAACCAUCGAUCGAUCCCGCCACUGCCGACCGAUCGAAUCCAAUCCACUGACGUACGUGCGCGACCGGAAGUAACAAAGGGGUCGUACGUGUACAUGUGUUCGAUUUCAGAUCUCACGCUUCUGGUUUUAAUCCCCUCCCAGAUUGAUGUGUAACUAAAUUUAGCCUCUUGAUGUGGUGACUUUGUCAAUUUUAAAAUUUGUUGGCUCGGUCUUUAAGAGGUGCUCGCAAAAAUAGAGUGUGGAUACUACCUCCGGUCAUAAGGGAUGAGUGUACGCAAACAUUUGUGUUUGUAUUGUUUCUAGAAAAUGCACCAGAGCAACUCUAGCAAAUGGGCAGACUCUCAAAAAGAUAGAGUAUUUCGAGUGCCCUCCAAAAUCAAAUGGUUAGGUUACUUGUGGUGGAA